AUGAAUCGCCGAGAACGACGUACAAGACCAAAUAAAGUAACACGAACGUAUCCAAUUUAUACUAUUUCUUCAUUAGAAUUAAGUAAUGAUGAUGACGAUGAAAGUAUCAUUGAAAUAAAACCUAUCAAACGAUAUCGACGUCAUCGAAAGCAACCAUUAAGAGUCGAACUGCAAGAAUCAAUCGAUCAAUCUAUUGUUACCGAUAAUCAAAAAUCACAAAUAAUACAAGUUGUACCAAAACGAAAACAAAAAUCAACAACAAUACAAACAGAUGAGAUACCUACUGUUUUAUCAGCAAAAGAAAAGAAUGAAAAAUCAUCGAAAAAAAAAUCAACUAUAUGCAAUCAUCGAUGUCUUCGAAUAUUUUCUUUAAUUCUUGCGAUAUUUAUCUUAAUUAUUUCAUUACUUCUUCUUGCUUUUUCAAUCAAUCUAUUAGUUAAUCCAAAUAUGACUAAAAUACGUUCAGUAGCAAUUGUUUAUCCACAAGCAAUUCCAUCAUCAGGUUUUACUGGUAAAGGACCAACUGAUACUCUUAUUGUUACUGCAAUUAUUGGUAUUAUAAUUAGUAGUAUCAUAUUGAUUAUUUCAGUAUUUACUAUAAUAUGUCUUAUAUGUAUUAAAUUUCGUUAUUAUGGAUUCUUUUUUUGUAUUGGACCUAUUCUACUUAUUAUACUUUUUUUAAUAUUAAUUGGUUUUGCAAUAUUUAUUGGAAUCAUAGGUGAUACAGAAUUACAACGACUUGCAUAUAGUACAAGAACAACAGUUUAUUAUUAUUAUAAUUCAACAAGUACAACACUUGUUCGUGAUGGUUGGGAUUUUGUUCAAUAUUAUUUUAGUUGUUGUGGUGUAAAAGAUAAUAAUACAGAUUGGUAUCCAGCACCAAGUACAGGUUGGAAAUAUAAUAGUCAAUUACCUCGUUCUUGUUGUGGUUAUGAUUCAAAUGAUGCUGGACAUGCAGGUCGUAUAUUUGUUGGUACUGAUAUACCAACAUUAAUUGGUAUAUGUUAUUAUGGUGAUAUAGGUCAACCAACUUGUUAUGAUAGUAUUAAAACUAAUCUUCUUGUAACUGUUUUAGUUUUUCUUAUUGGUCUUGCAUUUAUUGUACUUGUUCUAGCUAUUCUAUUUAUUAUUCUUAUUUUUAUUUAUCGUACAAUUCAUCAUCGUGUAGAAAAUCCUAUUAAAAAAUAA